AUGAAUGCAGUGAGGAAAUGCCCAUCAGGGAGAGGCUCGUCAAAAAGUAUCCUGUUUAGAACUGCCCUCCCGGGAGGCAUCCCCCCAAGGAGCAUCCCCCAAAGGAAGAGCGGCCACCCCCUCAUUCACCAUGUGAGGAAGUCCCCCUUCUAUACCUCAGUGGCUGUCCACAAUUUUGACCUGAGAGCAAAUGAGCAGCUUCUCCUGAGCAAUGCCAUCACAGUGAACAAUGAAACGGCGCUACUUAACGGGUGCCUGAAUUUCAUGAAGAAUUUCGAAAGCUUUGCCGCCAUCUGUUGUGCUUGUAGCGACCCCAAGAAUAAGCUGAAGAAGGCCAUAUGGUUCUCCAGCAUCGGCAUCGAGAUGAGCGACUUCGUCCAGUACUGCUACGAAGGCGAUGAAGGGUCCCAAAAUGGGGAAACCAAAAAAAUACUGGAGGAAAUCGUCAAGUCGGAGUGCCCUGUAGUACUGAGGGAUAGAAACAGCGUCCGUCUAGACCCAGAUGUAGCCCCCAAAAAGGUUGUCAACUCGGCCAAGAGGAUGAGAUAUUUUUUCAACAUCUCGGAAGUUCACACGUGUCGAGGCUGCUACAAGAAGAACAGGUGCAAGCGCUUUCUGCAGAAAUACGCAGGUGAACCCGACUUCUCCGACUUCACCCGAUUAAUGACAGGAUUUUACAACAUAAGCAAAGCCUACAUAAGACGAAAUGAAGUGGACAGGUCGGAGCUCCGACACGUGGUAGAAAAGGUGAACUACUUCCACUGUGCACUCUUCUACGUGUAUAACUACCUCCUGAAACACAGGCACUUUAACUAUAACGCGGUGGAGGAAGGAAACAGAAGCGCCAUAUUGACCUACCUGAGGGAAAAGAGACGUAACUUGCUGCUCUUAAAAAAUCAAAGACAGCAGGAGAAGGUCAUGAAUAUCCCCAGGGAGUACUCCGAUGUGAUCAUCCCGACAGACAAGGCCAAGAUGAAGAAGAGGCAGAGGAAUGUCUUCGAGAGGCUCCAGCGGUUUCGGAGACGGUCCCAAUUGGCAGAGGACGAAGAAAAGUUCAUUUGGAUGGAGGAGCAGGAAGAGGAGGACGCACAAGAAAAGGACCCCCCAGCCGAUUCGUACGACCAACCACUCCACAACGACUCAACAAGGAAGAACGAGCUGAAUAACGAGCUGAAUAACGCCACCGAUGAAAACAGUUUGGUAGAAAUAAAAGACAAAAAUGAACCCCUGUCUUCCUUUCGUUUCCACUAUAUGACAAAAAUGGAGAAACCUGGCACAUCUAAGGAGGUCUGCAAUUACAACAAAAUGUAUAAUAAAUACUCCAGCCUACUCCAAAAGAAGGUGUGCGUCAAUUUGGACGACCAGGACGUGGACGAGGAGAUAAUCAAGGCCGAAAGCCUUCUCUUCAAAAUCCCCGAGGCCGUCGGAGGAUACACCUUUAUAAACUACAUCGAGAGCCAGCCCAAUAAUUUUAUAUUGCCCAUUAAUGAAAACUUGUACAAGGGCAUUCAAGUAUACAAACGGGAGGAACUCAAUUUGGGAGACUUUUGGUCCAACAUUAACAACGAGGAGCUGAAAAUCAAAAGAGUUGGCUUCUACAAUCCGUUUAACAUAAAGCAGAAUUUGGAGAUAGCGAUGCAGAAGAAGGGGGCCCCCCCGCGCAGUCGCUCUGCGCAGGAAAAAGACGAGGAAAUUAUCGACCUAUCAGAUGACCUAUCGAGCUUUCAAGAAUAUCUAAACACGAGGAAAAGAGCAGAAGGGAAAAGCAGGAGGCGGGAGAGGAGCCACAUAAAUUUGGAUGACUCUCCAUCCUACGACGCUUCUUCCCCUGUGGUUGAUCCAAAGAGUAGUGAUCAUUUUGAAGACACGAACGAUGAGGAUGCCCGAUUUGCCUACUUUAAGAAACUGAGGAACGAGCGACUCAACGUGGACGAGCACGAAGAGGUGAAGGAGGAGUUCAACAGCGUUUACAACGAGACGUACAAUGCCAAAGGGGAGCCCGGAGAGGCCUACCACCACACGCACCACAUAAGGAGGAGGCUCAUCGACGAGGAGAAAGGCGAAAGAGGGGUCACGCCGGAGGACAUCCGAGAGGAAAGGAGGCGUCUCUUGCAGGCGGGUCGGAAGGAGCUUAAGGAGCAGUCCUUUUACUUAUUCAAUAAUGUUAAGUUUCCCGAGUUGCCCGCGGAGUUAUCCUCAGAGGAGGGCCUCGACCCAGGAGACAAAAGGAGGAAGAAUCUAAACGAUCAGCUUAAGAAGUAUAUUCGUCCCCAAUCACAGAAACGGAACUCUAAUGUGCCGGAGCUGACAGAGGAAACGAUCGAAGCUCAUUGUUCGUCCGCCCAGGGAUCUCGAAGCUUAGAAAUUAUGUUGAAGAAAAAAAGGAAGCAUUUCAAAGGAGGUGCAAAUGUAGAAGAACAUUAA